AUCUGUGACUAAAAAUAAACAUACUAUGCAUAAAAGUAAAUUUAUUGCGUUUGUUUGAAAACAUUUAACAAGUACAUUAUACAUUAGCAUACAAAAUAAACAGAUUAACAUGAGAUUAUCCAUUGGAGGAUUGUAGGGUAUAGCCAGACAUAAUCAUUCGUUUAUAACAAUGGAAGUUUUAGUGGAACGUUCAAAGAAGAGGAAAAAAACCGCUUGCAAAGUGGCUAAGGAGGACGCGGAAGAGAGCAAAACUUCAAAAGAUCUGAAAGUGACAGAAGUAGAAAAAGAAAAUGAAGAAUGUUCAAGUAAAGAUUCCUUUUUAAAAAGUCAUGACCAGGACAAUACGCACCAGAAAUCAAAAGAAAAAGUAAUAGAAAAUACCAUAUGUGCAAGAGAAACUAGUAUUUCUAAGGAACAGGAAACUACCAAACCAGACAUAUUACAUUCCACAGGAAGUUUGAAAAUUUCAGAACAACACUUAAGUCAUUUAACUAUGGCAGCAGCAGAGGAUAAAACAAAUAGUAAUAAAAUAGAUGACCUCAACAAAGAUAUGUCUAAAAUACUAAGUUUAGAUCAAUACCUAAAUACAAACAUUAAAAUAUUAAAAACAAUAGAAAACAUUGAUUCAUUGCCAUCAAAAAUUAAUUCUCUUUCUCUUGAUGGUAAUCGCACAGUACAGUCGGAAUUUAAGAUCCAAAAAUUGGAUAUUAAGCCUUACACUGAACAACAGUUAAGUUCUUUAUAUUCUAAUACAGAACUGGAAAGGUUAGAAGAUUUUCAGACGAGGUAUAUAGAAGCUGAGCUUAAAUGUUUGUCUGUAAAGCAGCAUUACCUCUAUGAACUGCUUACGAAUUAUUUGAAAGUCAGGGAAAAGAUAACUGGAAAUAAACUAGAGUUAGAUCAGCUACGAAAGGAAUAUAGGGAUUUACAAGGUAACCUGUGGACGUUAGAGACAGCUUCAGUUACAGGAAGGGCAGAGUGUCAAGAUGGACAAAUUGUCUCGGCUAGCCAUAGCUACAACAAGAGCAUAUUACAUAGAUCUGUUUUUCAAAGCAUUACAAGAUUAUUAAUGAACAUACAAAAACUGGUAUAUGAAAAUCAUAUUCUUUUUACCUAUUCAGCUGAGGAUUUGAAAUUGCAGAUUGAAUUGUACAUACAGUCUGUUAUACACAAUGUCAGGUCUGUGACAAAUUUAAACUUAACUGAACCAGUCUCCUUAUCAAUGCAGUCGGAGCCGAAUCAUCUGCAACCCUAUUUCAACGAAGUGAGACUGUGCAUAUCUGUGCUUUUCGCGUUUCAAAGAAAAAUAAUCCGAGACAGCGUUUUUUUAACAGAAACAAGGGAAUGGUUGUCACAGUUGAUCACAGUUCUGUUGAAAAUUGCAAAUUUCCAGGACCAUCUCUUUUUGAUAAAUCACAUUUUGAGAUGUCCUGCUGGCGUGGGAUCGUGGGGUUCAUCCUUUAUUCAAGUUCCUUUAAAUGUAGACUCUGCAGAUCAACCUUUUGCCAACUUUCAAGUAAAUCAUUUGCUUGCAGUCUUGUCGGUCGUUUUAAGUCCAAUUAAAGAGAGGGACAAGUUUUUGAAAGAUAUAUCUCAAAAUCAGAAUGUUAGUGGCGAAGCAGUUUGGGUUUUGAUUGAUUCUGAUGGCGAAGAGGACGACGAGAAUGCUGGAAUUUCGUUAAAGGAAAACGAUUUAGUAGCAUUAUUUAACCAGUUACCUUUAGACGACCUAUUCAGAUGCUUGUUACUGAUCCGACGAAAGGAUCAACAGGACUUUUAUGAUGUCCGUUUAUGUAAUGAACAGCAUAUAUUAAGGUACUUUGCUUUUUCCACUGUGUUAUUGAGAUUAUUACACACCGGUUUACAAACCUAUAACCAGGGCAAGUACAAUCAGUUUUCUAAAAGGCUCUGUCGACUUAUCAGACAUGUUGUGCAGUAUGCUACAGAUCAAUUAGAGCAGUUCAUAAAGGUAGGCAACUAUACAGAUUACGCCAUGAUCGAGCGAUUGCAAUGCGAAUACGACUCGUUCUUUUUGCGUGCCAUAUUUACUUUGUACUCGUCCCAAAAACUAGGCGCUUGGCAAUUUUUAGCUGUCGUACCGUACAAUAUGGUAACUGUUAAAAUUUUGUGGAAAAUAUUCUACUUUUUACACGUGUCCGAUAAACAAAGUCGGGACAUUUUAAAUCCCAUGACGAAUAGCGAUUACCGUGACAAAUUGUGGGAGAGAGACUGUAGAGAACAGUUUGAGGAAAAGCUGGAGAAACUAGAAGACGCGGAGGUGUAUUAUUUAUUAAAUACAUACGCCAAUAUGGCUCUGGCGAGAUCUAACGACGAUAUGGAAUUUAUUCUAGCGGCUACAAUGGAUCUCUUGCAAGUAGGAUUUAUAAGUAAAUCAACACGAGACGCUUGUUCAAAAUCGGCCAGAAUUUUACUGACACAUAUAACAUCAAAACAUCCCCAUUUGAUUUCGAGUGUAUUGCGUAAAGUGAAAGAUAAUCUAGAAAAUAUUGACGAAUUAGUGUUAUAUUUGUACGAGGAAAUUCCAUUGUCAGUUUGGAUAUUGUCAGAUAAAGAUUUUGAAAUUAUUGCAGGAUUACUAUUAUAUAACACUAUUAAUGACGUUGGAACAAAAUUAGCUAGAAUGAUACUUUCGAGGCUCAGUUGGGACUUACAGCCAUAUGAGAAACAUUGCGAUACAGCGAUUCUUGUUUUAAAGGCUGUCAAUCAAGAACAAGGAUAUUUACAGUGGGGUUGGCAAACUAUUUUAAGACUGAAAUUACAUAUUAGUGAUAAACACUUCACAGAAUUGGGAAAAAUAGAUCAAUUGGAGAAGUUUGAUAUACUUUUAAAAGGAAUCAGUGAUAAUCAUCCCUUGGCUGGAUUUGUUGCAGUUUUAAUGACAUCGUGGGGCCAUCUAGUUCCCCUGAUAUGCAGUCACGGUUUAAAUCAAAUACUUAAUUUACAAAUUAACCAAAAACACGAAGCUGCCUUGUUCGCACUCUAUCAAAUAAUUCCCAUAUUUAUUACCAGCCAGGAAUGUAUCAUAAAUUGUGCAAAGUUUCAGGAAAUUUUAACGAACCUAAUCAAUGCGGAUCGAGGAUAUAUUUCGUACGCGAAAAGUUUUAUUCUCACGCAAAACACGGUUUUACAACAGUUCGGAAAUAUGAUCGAAACACAGAUUGUAAAUUACGUAUAUUAUGGUUUGAGUACGCCUAGAUUAUUGACUAGGUUGUGGAUGAAUUCCUUGAUUUCAAUACCCAACUGGAAUAAAGACACCGGCAUACUAUAUUUGUUGGACAUAAUAAUUAAAGCCGCAUUUUUUUACAAGGAUUCCUUAGAGAUAAUCUACGAAACCCUAAGAGAAUUAUAUCAAUGUGGAACUCCGCAAGAAUCUGCAUCUAUUAUCAAUAUCUUCAGAAGAAGUAACCCCGCAAUAAGUAUUCUGCCCAAUUCCUUAGCUAGUUAUCCUUGGCUGGCGUAUGUUUUUCUCGAAAUAGAACAUCAAGAACGAGAAGUGCGAUCCGGAUUAUGGACGGAAGUGCUGAUCCAAUUGUCUAAACAGAAAGGAAAAAUUAACGUGGAUAAUGCGAUUAAGAAAUCCGCUUCCGUUGUAAAAGUAACGCCAUUUAGUUCCUCUUGGUUAUCUAUAUAUAGAUGGGCUCAAGAAUCUCUAGACACACCCUUAGACCAUCCACUGUUACCUCUUUUAUGGCAAAAGUUUUUUACAUUAUUCUUAUCAAGAAUUCCAUAUACAAGUGCUGCAGAUAAAGUUUGUGUCGGAGAAAAAUUUUUUGAUGGAAUAAUAAACUUUACCUUUUUAAAAAGAGUGAAAAGACGACUCCUAGAGGUUGUAGAUUUUUACAGAAACAAGUAUGAAAAUGAGGAUACCGAAACAAGUAGAAAAGAAUUUUAUAAAUCUUGCUUUGGUUUGUUCCAAGCAUAUUUGUUGUGGCUGGAGGAACCACGGUUACAGGAUGGCAAUCUUUUGUUACAAAAUUUACCGCCACAAUACAAACCCGAUCUACUAUCUCGAAUCGUUGAAGAAAAUAGUAAUACUCCGUGGUAUGAAUUUCUUGAUAAUGAUCAGAUAAGAAAAGACCAACAGAAUUGUAUAAAAAUGUGGCGGGUAGCUAAUUUUCGAGAAAAAAAUAAUGUCAAUCAACCUUUAUCUAAUGCCGGUGUUGGCAUGGAGAGCACAGAUCCUGAAGAAAGAAUCCUAAGACGGUUAUCAUCUUACGAGAGUCCUAAGUGUCCACCAAACUUUAAAAAUAAGGCACCUAUACUUCCCCAAGUUAAUUUUAGUUGUAAAGAGACAUUGUUUAAAGUCCUUGAACCAAAUUUUAAAAUUUUGAGACAAUUUGCACAUAAUCACACAAUGAAAGUAUCCGAACAUAAAGCGCUUGAUUGUGCAUAUCAGGAACUGAUACCACAAUUAUAUCGAUCUGUUUUGAACAAGGUUAAGAAAAAAAUACCGUGUAAAGGUAAAAAUCAGACUGUGCAUUGUUCUGGGGCGGCUGUGAUAAUUUUGGAAAUGCAGGAAGCAAGAAUUAAUGAAAGGAUUCAAAACGAGAUAGAAAUUAAUAGAAAUGCUUACGAGUCUCUCCUAGAAAAGUCGUUACAAUUUCUGCCCAUUAAUUUGUACGUUAGUUCAGUAACCCUUCAGCAUUGUGUGAGAAUUUUACAACAGCAAUUAGAGCAUAACCCAUCGACAGCUGAAUUAGGCGUCGAAUUGUUCUAUUACAUUCUUUCUCUGUUAAAUGAGGAAACACUGGCGUAUUUACCUACGAAAAUUUUAUUUACGUCAUGUCUAGAAAAAUUAGGACAAUCGCACAUUUGUGGCGUUGAGUAUGAAUUGCCAAGACUGUUGCAGUGGAUUUUGAAAGAACCAAACUUGGGCAGUUUUCUUGCUCCGCAUUUUUCUCCCGUCAAUAUCGGCACUUCUAAUAUACUGUUAAUGUAUUCAACUAUAUGUACGGAAAUUGCCCAAAAGUACGAUAUCAGUUUUGCGCUUUUAUCUAAGUUUGAUAUUGAGAAAUGGUUGAAUACAAAAAUACCCAAACUUAGCCAAAGAUCUCAAUUUAUUGAAUGCAUUAUAAAGGCAUUAUCGACUUUGGGAUACGACCCACCUGUCGAGGCUUUGAUGUUACAUGGACUGUUUAGAAAACACUUAACAACAGUUUUUAAUUUUCAAUUUCCCGAGCAUUACGGAGAAGUUUUAACCCGUCUUUUGAAAGCAAGCAGUGGGAAUUCCGAAUCAAAUUUGAUAUGUACCACAGUAUGGAUCGAUAUAUUAAACUCUCUCGCUCAACCUGAGAAAAUACUUGUGAAAGCACCUUUAAGAGAUCAACUACGACAGUACGCUCAGUACCAAAAAAUGUUGGGUCAUCAAGAACUUCUAGAAACUGCCGAUUUACUCGCUCGGUACUUCACACAGGAAAGGUUUCAGUACGGCCUGUACGGUCUAUAUCCGAAAUGUCGUCAAUAUAUGGAUGUAUACGUUCUGUUAUUCGGCAUGGUUGGUCAUGGUCUAGUGGUUGAUGCGUUAAAUAGUCAUCAAGGAUUACUAGGUGAUAAAAUAUGUGAGAAAAUUUGGCCCUAUUUGAGGGAAAUGUUCGCGCCUUGGUUGAUUCCUUAUUCCAUGCAAAACUGUAAAGAUAACAUGGCCUCCUGGAUUAAACAGUUAGCGGAUGACAGAUCUGUUUUGCUCCCUUGGAUACCAUCGGAUUCUAGUUUUGCUCAGAAAAUGCUCUAUGUGUUUUACGAGUGUAUUUUAUUCAUUAUUAAUACACUUCCGUCUGCAACAAAUAUACUGAGCUACUUAUGGCAGUGGUAUGUCGCAUCGUAUGCUCACGUAUCAGUAAAAGAUCAUAUUUUGACGUUAGUACACGAAGUAUUUGUAAAAUUUCCUUGGGAAAAUUUUUGGCCAUCCCUUGUAGACGUAGAAUAUAUGUUAAAGGUGUUAGAUCAGUACCUUCCAGAAUGUCAUUCGUUUUUGGGUUAUAUACUUGUUUCCGUCCCUUGGGUGAAAUGGAUAAACAAUUUCAACGAUGCUCCUAUGCAGAUUAGGAUCAGAAUUUAUUAUUCUUUUUUGAGUUUGCUCGUUAAACUCUCGGUCGAGCCAAAUGUACGAAAAAACUACUCAGAAAGAACGAAAGUAUUAUUUGUUCAAGCUGAGGCGUUUGACUGGAAAGUACUAGAGCCAGCUGCUUUCCAACAAAUUAUGGACUGGUGGGUAAUGUCUUGUGACAGUGGAGUCAUUUUUAAAUCAGAUCCGUUGGACCUAGAAUGUAGACUAUUACACUUACUUGAAACUGUUUCCGGAUUUGAUAAGGGCUGGCCAACAUUAACAAUUAACUUGGAACAUAAGAGACUGAUAUACGUUAGAGCUAAUAUUAAAUUUUUAUCCAUUUACGUUAGUAGGAAUAGAAAUUUAUUAUACUCUAAACAACGUGACAUACAAAAUGUGAUACUAGGGUUUCUGAAUAAGACAGAACAAGUAGUAAGUACCAAAGAAGAGAUGCACACUUUAUUAGUAGAAUUGUGUGGCAUCGUAAAUAUUAGCGACAUAUCGUUACUUGCCACUAACGUUUUAAUUCAAUGGAUACAAAACAAACCUGGAGAUAGUCUAAUUGUUAAAAACUUGUUAAAAUGUAUAGGUGUAUGUAUGCACGAUCACGAGGUACUAGCAGAUUUGUUGGAAUUGGUUAUAAAUAGCUAUUUUUGCAACACAGUAUCUUCCGAAAAUUACGAAGAGUCAACUUGGACCGAAGUCGUCGAACUUGUAAAUGUUAUAACGUCAAAACCAUUAGAACUAGAACAGGUGUUGAUUAACAAAGGAGCCGUAUUAAGUUUAAAUGUCAUUUUACUGCAGAGAGUCAGAAGGAACAUGGAUAAAAAAGCUGUAUUGAUUAGCUGCUUAAAUUGGAUUGAACAAAUUAAGAUAAAUGAAUCAGUAGAGACGAAAGUUCCAUUAUUAUGGUUCAGUAUCUUAAGCCUUGCUCUAGAUCUGUGCGAUGUGGAUGAAACAACUUCUUCAACAUUGCUACUGAGGUUCGUCGAUAUUCUCUUGCAAACGUCCGAAAAUAAAGCAGGAACUACAUGGGGCAGGGGCUUAUUAAGUGCAAUUGGACUAAGCAAACAGGAAGCAUCGACAUUGAAUUUUAGAUUCGUAUGUAAAGCUUUGGCGGGUUAUAUUUUGGCUCAGUUACCGGACAUGAAGGGGAAACCCCAAACGGUUCGCAGGAUAGAAAACGCACCCGGAACAGUUGGACAACCUGGGGGAAAUACAGACUGUCCCAAAAUUUUGCUUACGUUAGAUUUCGGCCAAACGCAAGGGAAAUUGAAGGAUGCAGCGCAAUUGGCUCUCAAUAUGAUUCAGGAACCAACAAAUUCGCUCCAUAAUAUAAACUCAUAUUUAUGGUUAUUGCUUAAACAGUUUUAUGUUAAAGGUUAUUUGAAGGAUGUCAAUUUAUAAAAUUAAAAUUAUUCUUACAACACAUUUAAAUAUAGUUAUUUUCAUACCUGUUCCUAUAUUUUUUUGUUAAAUAUAAAAUAAUUUAUAAAUAUUUUGAAAACUAUUGUAUUUAGAUAUAAACAACAUUAUACAAAGUUAUCUUUAUU